AUGCCUCCCGUACUAACUACUCCUACACGUGGCGACCAAGAGAACCACCAAGGUGUGUUGACUGAUGCAAGCGCUCGUUUCAAUAGGCAACCGACCAACAGCUUCGGCAAGAAGCCAAAAUACCAAUACCUUUCACGAGAUUCCCUCACCACGCCUGACUGCAAAGAAUUCAAUCUUGAUUACUAUUUCUCAGGCAGUAGCAAAUCAUCCCAUCCAUCUGGUCGAAGAUUGAGAGGCAGCACUAGUACCCGAAUAUUGCGCGAUUUUGCUCCUUAUCAACAAGCUGGAGCUAACCACAAUUCAUACAACACAAGCCCAUACACGCCUUCAAAGCUUUCCAAGGUAAUGAUUGCAGAAUACGAGCUACCUAUUACGGACAUUGAUACCCCUCCUCCUACGAUGGUAUGUUCGCAUUCUAUUGCACAGGCCCAUCAUCAGGCCAUUUCAAAUUACCUGGAAGAUGCCGCUGUUCAAUCUAUCUAACUGCCAUAGCCUACCAGACUCUCGCUCAAUAAGAAAUUGCCAUCUAAGCCGAUUUUUCGCCUCGAAAACUCGCCCGAACGCCGAGGUUUACUUGACGCUACCGAUCUUAAUUCUUCUUCUUUGCAAUUCCCUAUUCUUCUGCCGAAGUCUCCAGUCAAAGAGCCUACUGUCGCAGAACCAGUUUCCACAAAAUCACUGGCUCAAGACCUUCAUUCUGUUGUCACUAGACCAAUUUCACACAUUUGUGACACUGGUUCCAAUUUUGAGAUCGGAAUCGCUCAAAUCGGAACUGCUUACGAAGCCACGACGAUAUCGAAGAUCUCACCGCCACCUAACGACGAAAAGAUGACCUUACCAACAGUCCGACAGAACAACUCAAGCCUGAAACGAAUGCAACAUAGCAAAUCCAAGCUUACGGGUGCUGUUGACUCUACCCAAACAAAUAGUUUCAAUCUCACUGUUCCAAACAGCAAUGAUCGUCUUACGCCCGAAAGCCAUCUCGCUUCCCUCCAAAGUAAUGGUAGUCCAGUACCCAAAAAAGAACGCCGUGCUCGAUCUAGCUUAGGUAAUGGCGAAUGUAGAGCGCCCACCAACAACACUUUCUCUCGCUAUCCAGUGCAGAAAAAUCGUUUAUCUACCGAAAGUGAAAUUGGCAAGGCUCCAAUUGAACCUCUUAUUCAAGUUGAUGACGACAACGUCAAAUUGCGGAAUCCAACUGAAGAUGCCACCGAUGGUAUAAAACCAGCUGACAGUCAUGAAGAUUCCAAAGAUUCUGCGGAAGUUGUCGCCGAAGAUGCUACUCAAGAUGUCACUCAAGAUUCUAACGAUGGUCAAACACGACUUGCUGACCAAGAAGUUCCUACCGAGGAUGUCGUUCAAGACGUUGCCGACAUUGCAGACAAAUUAACUCGAGUUGCUACAAAUAAUGCUAUCCUUGCCGUUACCCAAAGUGGCUCAAUGGGACGUUCGGAGAGCCAAACUACCAUAGGUAGACGGAAUAAGAUGGUUCCACCUCCAUCCAAGCGGUUUGCUAGAGAUGCCGACAGAACCAUCUUGGGUCGAUCACCACCGUGAGUUUAUUUGCCCUCCAUCUAUUCUUAACACAAACUAACCCUUACAUGCAGAUAUUCCAAGGUUGGUGCGCGUACAUACAUGGAGCAGCCUAUUGAAGAAGUCGAAGAUUCGAAUGCUAGUCGUCGCAAUAUGACUAGCGGUGUCCCCACAACAAAGCCGAAGGGAUUAAAGCGUGUACUUGCUGCUCGUGCUGGUAGUUCAACCACACAAAGCGGAAAUAUAGCUGUUUCCGACGAUACCAACGGUGCUAAGUCGAAUUUUGCACGAAGACAGUCAUCCUUGCCAGACUCUCCAGAGAAUAAAACCCUGAAACCCGUUACCGUCGAGAAGAGACUCUCAUUCACUGAACGUCUCACUAAACCAACCGCAUCUUCUGCAGCUCGUGCUAAUGCUCGCAAGUCGGUUCCCGCUCAAAAGUCAAACACGAUGGCUUCUGUUAAGAACGCAGGAAGAGGUCUUAAGAGCCGACUCUCUGGUAUGAUCCGCACUCGCCGUGCUUCGGAGGUGGUUGGCCUCGUCGACCCGGCCGUUCACCCCUCUUUUAAUGUUACGGAACAGACUACAGUACAGCACGAUAUUCCCACUGUUGUCUUAGAGAGACCCCCCGAGAUUGCUCCAUUCGCAAAUGAUCGCGAUGUUGGCGAGGAGUUUGCUUCAUUCUACAGUAAAAUGGAGUCACACUCUGAGCAAUUUGAUCAAGCAGGACUACCUACAUGUUUUAUUGAGCCCGUCAAGUCUCGAGUUAUCAGAACAGCCGAGGAUACUAUCGAAACAGCAAAUGAGACUAAUAAAACAUACCAGCAGAUACUAGAUCAUUCUACAUUAGUCACACAAAGCCCUAUCAUUUCCGUAAAACGCUCUGCGAUGUCUGACGCAGAAGUCGAUGCCAUUUUCGAAACUCGAAAUGUAACAACUUCAGAUUCUGUUAUUCGAGACCGCAUCCAGAAAUUGUCGUUGGCAAACAUCCCUACGCGUACGCCUCCAUCAGUCCCAGCAGACCACAGUCAAUUUCAAGCAGAUGAUGGAAAUGACGUUCAAGUUGCUGGAGAUAAUGCUUUAGAUCCUCCACCAAACGAGCAAGACAAUAGGGGGCACACAGACAAGCAGCCUCAACCACAAACCUUUAACGACUCACUUGAUGAAAUCAAAGAUACAUUGGCCAAGCUCCGAGCUGCGCUUCAAGAAGAACAAGAUCCAUACCAACAACUCGUUCUCAUAGGCUUUAGUGUACACCUUACAUCUCUGGUCCAAUCCAUCAACAACAACCGCAAGCUUCUUGUGUUCUUGAAGAGAGCUAAUGAUGCAAUGUGGGUCAACGCUUCAGUUGAGUCUUUAGAAGCUCGGAAAACUCUCCACUACUUGGCUAGAAGAGUAGUCGCUGAUAGCAACAUCUAA